GGAGGGAGGGCGCUUCGUCAGGAGGUGAUGGCGGCACCGCCGUGACAUCACCCCGCGGCUUAUAUAGUUGGGGAAGGGUCCGGGUCCCCCGACUAGUGCCUGCAGCUGCCCGCCGGCGCGGAGUGCUGAGGGCGCGGAGAGGCGCGGAGCGGCGGGGCUCUGUCUGUCUGUCUGUCUCUCUCUCUCUCUCCGUCUCUCCCCAGGAUUUAUGGACUUUACUUUCUAGAGGGAGGCGCGGCAAGGAUGAGAGCCCAGCUGGUGUGCGCGGUGCUGCUGGCCCUGGCCUCCUGCAGCCUCUGCUCAGAUUCAGAAGAGGAGAUGAAAGCGUUAGAAGCAGAUUUAUUGACCAAUAUGUACACAUCAAAGAUUAACAGAGCAAAACUUCCUUACUGGAAAAUUACCCUGCUAAAUGUCUGCAAUCUUGUCAACAACAUAAACAACCAAGUGGAGGAUGCAGUAGAGGUAGAUGAAGAGGAUCUCAUUUCAGGAAGACAGUUUCCUGCUGCUCUGGAUGGCUUCAGCUUGGAAGCAAUGCUGACAGUGUAUCAACUCCAAAAAGUUUGCCACAGCAGAGCCUUUCAGCAUUGGGAGUUACUUCAGCAAGAUGCUUUUGAUCUAGAGAACUCAAGCCAAGACAAGGAAAUAAUGAAAAGAAAAAAUCCCUAUAUUCUGAAACGGCAGCUACAUGUGAACAAAGCUAGAAGACCAUACAUACUUAAGAGAAGUUCAUAUUACUGAUGCAGCAGAAGAAAACAAUGUAUAUUUAGUUUAUAGGUAACUGUGCAUUAUGGUUAUCUUAUCUAAAUCUAAAAUCAUAGUUGUGUGAAAAUAUACUAUGGAAAAUCAUCAAGAUUAUAACAUAACUGUGUCUUUUUUGCAAUUGCUGUUUCUUGAUUGUGACUUUUUCCUACUUGAGAUUAAUUGGACCAAUACAUUUGCAAAUAAAUCUAGUUUCUAAGCAUGAUGUAUUGUACAAAACUGAGAUUUCAGCAUAUUUCCAACAAUACUGUAGUCUUUUCUAUUUUAUAAAGCAUACCAACAUACAACAAGUAAAUUGAUAUUGUCCGUAAACCCUACCGAGAAUUUUAAAAUUUCUUAAUGUAACACCUCAAACAUAUAUAUGCUUGCAAAUUUUUGUAUAAUACACUAAUCAGAAGUGUCACAAUAUUUUAUAUAUUGGCCAGUUUAAUUUAUUAGGGUUUAGGUCUAAGGAGGGAAGGAAAUACUAUCAGCUAUUAAAUGGCAAUUUAAAAAUUAAUAUUUUAAUGGCCUGCUUGUAAAUGCAUUCUAAGUUAUUGACUCCUAACUUGAGACUGAAGAGUCAUAAUUUAAGAAAACAAUACAUAAAUGAGACUUUAAAAGAGUGUGCUAUUGAGAACAAAUCCAAAUGUGCUUCAUAGUCUUGUGUAUCACUGACUAAAGGAAAACAGUUUAUUAAAUCAGUUAAAGAACUUACACUGUUUACCUAAUCUAUGAAUUCUCAGGAAAAACAACACAAAGACAAAAAAUAAAAGCUGAUUCAUGCUCCUGUGCUGUCACUGUUAAAGUCAAAAUACUAAUCUGGUUGUAUGAGAAACUUGGGAGAAAUAUUUGAAAGAGGAAUUAAAAUUAGAACAUCUUAAACUUACAAUUAAAAGACAUUUACUUUCCUUGUCUCUACAAAUUUGUAACAAUAACAACAGGCAGUUUCAGGGGUUAAAGACAGUCUUGCAGGCUGGUGGAGAGGGAAGCUCCCAGUAUGGAAAAAAUUGUUUCAAGCCACGAGGAAUCAAGUGCCACCCAAAACUUAUACAUUUUCCGGCUCUGUGUCUGUGGUAUGUACAUGAUACUUGGGAUCUCCAUGAUCUUGGGUUGCAGUGUGGAAGAAAACAGUCUGAAAGAAUUGGAGGUCACAACAACAGUCAAAAUACAGUGAUAGUCCAAGACCCAUGAAGCUUAGAUGCUCAGACCACGAGGCAAAAAAUGGGACAGGCAUUGCUUUUGAAAACCCACCAAUUUUCUGUUUAAGCUCUUUCCUCAAAGCAAUACUGUUCCAACAAAUUCCCAGAAACAAAACACUCAGAGAAUUUCCAGAUCCUCUCACAGGUCAUAUUUUCUGCCAAUUAUUAUUAAACAUACACAGGGAUAUGCAUAGAAAUAACAUAUCCAUACCAAUGGUUAUACCAUCUUUGUCACAUGGGGAGGGAUGGUCUUUUUACAGUAAAAUGUAUUUGCAUUAUAUUAAAUCUAACUAUAUUUCCUUUUCUCACUACAAAUGUUAUUAAUCAGUUUAUUUAUUUAAUAGCCACAAAAUGCACAUACUCACCAGAUAUAACUGAGCAUACACUAACUAUUGUAAUAAUCGUUAUGACUUGAAUACAGAAAAGCACUUAAGUACAUUUGGUCUCAGUGUUUAAACGUUUAAUGAACUUAUGGCCUUUGCUUAAAUAAGAUUCUAGUUGAUUCGUACCCUUUAUUUUUUUAUGCAACAGUCAUAGGCGUAGACUGGAGACAUAGUAUACUCUCAAGUUUCUAAGAAACCUCCCUCUUUCCAACAGACCUGUGGACUCUCUAGUCCUAUUACAUACACUUUAAAUUCUAAAAUACCCGUUUGUCUGAAAUGACAAAGCAGAACAGAGUUUGUUCCAAAAUUCAGUGAUAACAGUAUAUCAGGAACAAGGAAAGAAACUUCAAAUCACUAUUUCAUGGGCAACACAGAAGAAUAAGACAAAAAAGAAAUAGGUUGCUGUCCUAUUUUUCUCUUGUGUUCAGUUUAUAAAAGUUAAAAAAAAGUAGGGUAAAUUAAUGUGGUUGUCAUCUGAUAGAGAAUGUUAAAAUUUUCUGAAACAAAAGCAUGCUUCUAUGUUUCAUUUUGGAGGCAAUUUAGAUAUUCAGAGUGAUGGCAGAAGACUUCAAAUGAUGAUGAUGAACUGUUCCCCCCUCAUCUUGUGCUCCACACUCAUGUGAGAUUUACCGUGUGACUGUGUACUUGUUCCUUGCAGUGCAGAGUUAACAGAUUAGACAAAUUGACUGGCUGAAAAUGGCUUAAAAUAACCCAUUUCCUUUCAGCAUGCUGUGAAUCCACACACGGUCAGCUACUGUGUGUCACUGGAGGAGGGAGAGCUUAAAGGAUGGCAGGAGGUACCUUGUUCAGUUGUUCCCUAACCUCUGAUGGUGGGGUUCAGGGAGCUGUCAGAAGAAUGUAAUCCAGAGUGGCAGACAGUCUUAACCGGAUGAGGAAACUAUGUAUAAUUGUAACAUGGUCAGUAAAGAUAAAAAAGCCAAUGCUGGCAUUUCAGCUCAUUGGUCAUUGGUGAAAAGCAAGCAUAGCAGCAUUAAAAUGUUAGAAAACACACUUAAAUUGUAUGAUUAAGCCAGGUACACAGAGCUGUUAAGGGAUAUUUUGAUGUCUGGGGGAUGCUUAUUUUCUUGAAACCUCCUCUCACUUCUAUCUGUUGCUACCUCCCGAUGACCUCACUGCUGUGGAAUUGCAGCCUUUCUUUAGCCCUCGUUUUAGGAUGAUGGCAGCAAAAAAAUAGGCAGGCUUAUGCAUAUUUGUCUCUAUUUCACACAUUCUUUCAGUGGGAUCCUCAGGGUACUUGGCUUGGCCCUAGCCGUGUGUUGCCUGCAAAAUCAAUCCUCUAUUUGCAGCAGCAAUGGGUGCUGAAUGAAGUUCAGGCCAGAGGAGGUCCUCACAAGAUAUAAAGAUUUGUAAAUUCAGACAGCAUUUUUUUUUCCUUUCAUUUUUUUUCUGCAGCUCAUAAUUGCCUUAAGUUUUUAAACAAUUUUAAAUGUUGUUUUGAAGACCAUUAACUCAGAUUGCUACCUUGGCCUAUAGAACUGCCUCUUGAAAUGGAAAAUUUUGUUUUAUAGCAACAAUUACUGAGAGAUUUGUUGUUUGUCUAUGUCUCCUAGCACAUUUUUCCUACAUAUUCCACUCACUGAUAUUUUUACAAAGUUCAUAGAUGAAUAAUUAUACCAAUUAUUCAGAAACUUUAUACUUAAUUAUUUCUCAUACUCCUAAAACAUCGGAUAUCAUCAUACAGAGCAACUGCAGAAUUCUCUCAGUUAUUUCUAAUGUAGAAUUAAAUGUAACUGAGACUUGAUUUGAUUUUACAUAUUUUUAAUAGUUCUUAUCCAUAAUCUUACAAAUUUCCCCUACAAAAAAAGUAAAACAUAGAUAAAUGAAUAAUUUUAUCAUCUCUGAAGCAUAGAUUUGUUAGCUUUUCUUUAAAAGAAACAUUAAAAAAUAAUAGAUACUGUUCUCAAGGUUAAAUGUGGUUAUAAAAUAAGUCUUCAGCUUUCUUGAGUCUUGCCUGCGGUAUAUUAUAAAAUUUGCUGGUUUUAGUCUUUUAUAAGUCUAAACUUUGUUCUGUGUUUUAGGUAGGGGUUUAAUGGCUGUGCUGUGAACAGAGUGGAUGAAAUGUAGAGUUUUCAGAUUAAAAGAGAUUUAAUUUUGUGACA